CACUAAAUCAGAGACAGCUUGGAUAAUCGUUGCCUUAUAUUGCUACGUUCUCAAUGUGUGGUAAUUAAUUGAAUGUAGAUUUUACGAUUUUUGAUUUACGUUACUUUACUGUAACAUACGAGAUUCCGAUCGGAUCCGACCUACCGAUUCAGAUUUUACUGGAAGCACUUGAACGCCUCCCUAGCUACAUGUGAAAACAACUAGCUAGCUAGCUAUUGGCUAACUAUAAUUAACAUUAAAAGUGAAAUGCAAAACACGAGACUUUAAAUUGCGGUACAGUGCGCGUUAGAUUGUAUCUUAGACACUUUCCCAUGGUUUUAACUGGGGAAGUAACUUAGCAUCUACAAGCUAACUUAUGUUAGCAUUAGCUCAUCUCCAACUUCUAUGUCAGUGAAACUGUGACCAGUGAAAAGCAUUUGAAGAUGUUUACCUCCAGGCUUUCUACAGAUCAACAGAGAGAACUGGCCAAAAGACUCACCACGUUCCUGUCUCAGUACAGCCACGUGUCCGACUCCUUUAUCAUUGAGUUCUUCACUGAGGAUCUCUGGCACACUUUACCCGCCAGCUGGCAGCCCGUGCUGCAGGACCUGUCCUAUCCACAGAUCGCAGACCUGUUGCUGGAUGCUGCACACAGAGACAACAGAUUUCCUUCGGUGUGGCCUCUGUCUCUCCUGGCGUUCCGGGCCACGGCCCACGCCCUGGCGUUUCCCAGAGCGCCCCGGGGGGGGCGAGGCGGGGCGGCGGGCUCGGAGAAGCCCGAGGAGUUCCUGCACAACCAGAGUCAGAGCGCCCUGCUGGGACACGUGUUCAGGAAACACGUCAAACCCAAGAAGCAGCACGAGAUCCGCGAGCUGGGCUCGCUGGUGAAAGAGCUUUGUGACCAGACGGACUGCAGCAGUGUGGUGGAUGUGGGCUCUGGACAGGGUCAUCUGACUCGUUUCCUGUCCUUUGGGCUCGGACUGUCUGUGACCGCAAUUGAGGCUGAUCACACCCUGGUUGCCAUGGCGUCCAAGUUUGACGGACAGUUACUGUUGGCCUUGGAGAAGGAAAGGCAGAAAAAGAACUUCUCCCCUCUGGUCCCCGUGUCACAGUCGUCUCCCCGCCACGUGGCCGGUUGGGUAAACCCCAAGGCAUCAUGGGAGGCCUUCAUCAAGCAGCUGAGUGUUCCAGAUUGCACGGACGAUGGCGUCCCAACUCCGUCUGGACCCAGCAGAAAGAGACUGCGGAGCUGUGACCUUCGGGGUCCCUCGGACGUGGUCCCGACGUCCUCGUGUCGUGUUUGCAUCGACCCUGAAAGCCGCUCGCGGGACCCCGAAUCGUUACCGCGACGCCAACUAAGCCCAAGCGAGUCUGAAGAGGAGCCGCCACCGGCAGAGAAAUGCUGCUCAUGUGGAGAAAACAGCCAGGGACAUGCGGACUUUGUCCUCACCGGUCUGCACGCGUGCGGCGACCUCAGCGCCACCCUCCUGCGCCACUUUGUCAGCUGCCCGUACGUGCGUGGCAUCACCUCGGUGGCGUGCUGCUACAUGAAAAUCACCACCGAAGAAAACCCAGCUCCUCCGGGCGUGGUCCCGGCUCCGCUGACGUCCGGUCGGGAGGCGCCCCCCUCAGAGUUCGGCUACCCGAUGAGCUCCUUCGUGGGGGGGCUGCCGGGACACCGGCUGUCCUACAAGGCGAGGGAGGGCGCGUGUCACGCCGCCGAGGACUAUAUACGCAGGCUGCGGGAGGAGAGCGAGCUGCUGAGGACACACUGUUACCGGGCAACGCUGGAGACCUUCAUCAGGGAGACGAGACCAGAUCUACGCAGGGCAGGAAUCCAGACCAUAAAGAAAGCUCACUUACUACCGUUUACUGAGUGAGUCAACGC